UGGCACUAGCAGUAUCACAUGAUAUUUCUACGAAGUAAGGAAAUACAUACGUAUCUUUUCAUCGAAUCGAUUUACAUAUAAUGAUGUAAAAUAAUUGACACUCAUUAAAAGUGCAAAUUUAUCUUGGCAGUUACAAUUUUCCUCCUCAGAAGUUUAAAAAAUCAAGAGAAAUAAAAAUGGCUACUGUACCAUUAAUGUUGGUCGAAGAAGACAUUGAACGAGGUGGCAAGGAACAAUCUGAACAUUCAAUACAAACUGAUUUUGCAUACAGAAACAAUGUGCACAAUGCAGAUAUCAACAUACGAAUGGGCUUUUUACGAAAAGUUUAUGGUUUAUUGAGCAUUCAACUCUUGAUGACAGUUGUUGUGGCUUCGGUAUUUGUAAUGAGCUCUACUGUGAAAUUAUACGUACAGGAAAACCCAUGGACUAUAGGUGUAGCAUUUUUCUUGACAAUGGGAAUUUUGAUUGCUCUGAUGAUAAAACGAAGGGAUCAUCCUGCUAAUUUAAUCCUUUGAGCUCAUUUUACAUUGGUGCAGGCAUAUACUGUGGGAAUCAUAGUGUCCAUGUAUGAUACCACAACAGUUUUGGAAGCUCUCUUUAUAACAUUGACGGUUUUACUCGGUCUGACAGCUUAUACUUUCCAAACUAAACGAGACUUCUCAUUUCUUGGAUUCGGAUUAUUCAUUGGACUUUGGUGCCUCUUGAUCGGUGGAUUAAUACAAAUCUUCGUUCACAGUACUGCACUAGAAUUAGCCAUAAGCAUUGGAGGUGCAUUAUUGUUCUGCUUGUUCAUUGUUUUCGAUACGCAAGCAAUAAUGCAGACACUUUCGCCUGAAGAAUAUAUCUUGGCGACGAUUAAUAUUUAUUUAGAUAUUAUCAAUUUGUUCUUACAUAUUUUACGAGCUCUUGCAAUUUCGAAGCAGUAAGAAAAAGAAAAAGAAAAAGAAUUAUGUAUUAUUACUUAUAUCGUUAUGUGCAAAAAGCAUAAGUUAAAUCUUGUUAUUGUGUAAUAUAUGCGUAUACGUGCGAUAAAUUCUCUUUACUUUUUAAAAUAAAUUUAUAUUUUUAUCUAAGUAUAUAUACUUUUAGGUCCUGUGUAAAACUUGUAAGAAAAAUUUUAGUACUAAAUAUAAGGGAUCUGUAAAACUUGAAAA